AUGACAAUUUAUAGACCAGGUCAACAAUACUUCUUCUACAAGCCUUAUAUUUGGAUGUCAGGUUUAGCCUUGCUCAGUCUCGGAUCUGUUAUAUUGAACAAGUGGCAAGAAGGACAACAAGGUAAAAUGUUUCAAGAUGUUCGACCAUCCCAAGCUGUAAUUGAUUAUGAAAACAAGUACAUUUAUCGUCCUGGAGAAAACCGAGAUGCUGUCAAUCAAGUAGAUUUUGCUCCAUUGACUCACUCUGGAUGGUUGAAGAAGGAAUAA